GGGAGGAGAGACAGGGAGGGGGAGACAGGGAGGGGAGACAGCGACGCAGCAACCAGGCACGCAGGGAGGAAGGAUUGAGCAGUUUGAGGACAGGCGCGUUGUUCCCCUUGUGGUGGUGGUGAUUUCAUGUGGAGAAAGAAGAAGAAGAAAGCGACUGUGAAAAAGCGAGCUCGUCUUAUUCUUAAACGGAUUUUAUGUAUUGGCUCCCCACAACAUGUGUACUCCGUGUUGUAUCUCGCAGCUGGCCUGCUGCUGCGGUUCAGCGGCCUGCUCGUGCUGCUGUAACUGCUGCCCCAAGAUCAAACAGUCCACAGGGACCCGCUUCAUGUAUGCCCUCUACUUCCUGCUGGUCACCAUCAUCUGUGUCAUCAUGAUGUCCCCCACUGUGGAGCAGGAGUUGAGAGACCAUAUCCCCUUCUACAAGGAGUUGUGUGAGAAGAUGAAUGCAGGGGAGAACUGCCAAACUCUGGUUGGCUACUCUGCCGUCUACAAGGUGUGCUUCGGCAUGUCCUGCUUCUUCUUAUUUUUGGCUUUCUUCACCAUACGAGUCAACAACAGCACAGGCUGCAGGGCGGCGGUGCAUAACGGGUUCUGGUUGCUGAAGUUUAUUGUGCUGGUGGCCUGCUGCGCUGGUGGCUUCUUCAUCCCGGGUCAGGAAACCUUUCUGGAAGUGUGGCGCUACAUAGGAGCAUUUGGCGGGUUCAUUUUCCUGCUGAUCCAGCUCUUGAUGUUGGUGGAGUUUGCACAUAGAUGGAACACAAACUGGAAUUCAGGAGCGAAGUAUAAUCGCCUGUGGUACGCAGCUUUGGCCUUAGUAACUCUGAUGCUGUUCAGUGGUGCGGUUGCAGCCUUGGUGUUCAUGGGUGUGUUCUACACCGACCCCGAGGCCUGUUUACUUAACAAGAUCUUCCUGGGAAUCAACGGCAGCCUGUGCUUCAUUGUCUCCCUGUUGGCCAUCUCCCCAUGCAUACAGAAAUUGCAGCCAACAUCAGGUCUGCUGCAGCCUGGAGUCAUCAGUGUGUACGUCAUGUACCUCACCUUCUCAGCCUUCUCCAGCAAACCAAAAGAGAUGGUGGAAAGAAAUGGUGUGAACACAACCGUGUGUGUGUUUCCCUUUAACGCUGGAACGGAGGGCGACAAGAAGAUUGUCACCGCUUUUGGAACAAUUCUCCUGUUUGGCUGCAUUCUUUACUCUUGCUUGACCUCAACCACCAGGCGAAGCUCUGCAGCGCUCAGAGUGUACAGGAACAGUGAGCCAGAGGCUGAGAGAGCUCGCUGCUGUUUCUGUUGCGGAGAUGACACAGAUGAUUGUGAUGAGGAGAAAACUGGUGGAGGCCAGAACGUGAUGUAUGAUGAGAGAGAGAAAACCAUCUACAACUACGCCUACUUCCAUUCUGUCUUCUUCCUGGGAUCCCUCUAUGUCAUGAUGACCAUCACCAACUGGUUCCAUUAUGAUGACCAUAAGAUUGAGAAGCUGUUGGACGGGAGCUGGUCAGUGUUCUGGAUCAAGAUGGCUUCCUGCUGGGUCUGCCUGUUCUUCUAUAUGUGGACCCUUGUUGCUCCCAUGGUCUGCCCAAAGCGCUUUGAGGCCUAGGACACCCUUCAAUCACUACGCUAGAGUCAGGCUACUCUGAUUCUUGGGAUGUGGCCAGGCAGAAGCAUGCACGCUGAGCCAAGGGACCAGCGUCUUCACCCCCCAAACCUCCCCACUUUACCUUGAAACACAACCCUACACUGCCCUCAGCGUUUAGAAUGAAGGUAUAUCUGUUGCCUUUUGUUUUGUAUGUGCUAGCAUUUAUUUUACUUUGUUUUACAAUGUUAAGCUGUUAAUACCUUGAUGGUAAUUUUUUUAUCUUUUACUACCACUUACUGAUGGAGUUUUGUAUUACUUACAGAUUUGAGAUUACAUAAAGAAUCAUUGGAGUUGAGUUACAUAGUGAAACAGUUUUUUGGGAUUCUCGGUUUUUAUCUCAGCCAGUCAGUUCUGCACAGUUGGGCCAUAAAGUUGUAGCAAAGUUUUGGGACAAAUAUAUUUCAGGUUAGAGAUAUUACAAGAGAAAUUGUAUUUAUUUAAGUGUGUCUUAAGUAAUCAUAAGUCAUUUAUGAAGAACUGUGGUGUAAACUGAAGUAGAUUUGUCCACGACUCUGUUUAAAAACUCAUCUCUCAGGCUCACAUGUAAGCUGUAUAUGUUUCUGCUUUGUUAUAUCGCACCCUUUUUGUAGAAGUUUUCUAUGCAAAGGAGCAAGUUUUUUCAAUAUUAUACCCAGUGUUGUGAUAUUCCCACCUAGAUUUCAAGGAUGUUUCAAAUUUUGUUAUUGUCAGUGCUCCAUUUGAGCCAGAUUUUUUCUUAGGUAAAUCCCUGUCAUCUGUACAACCUUUCCAGUCAUUGUUGUUGUACAGGGCUGUGCUCUUCAUAUCAACCUGCCUUAUGUAAGAGUGACGUUAGUGUAGUGCCGCCUCUCUGGAAGAGCUGCAAUGACACAGAUGAGGAACGUUUGCCAAAGGUAGAUGUCAGAAAACAACAAACUACAGUAUCAAAAUUAUUUGGUCAGUUACCGAAAAUAAUAUAACUGAGAACUUUAUGUAUUUGCAUUCACACACAGACACUUGAAUCAGCCGUUUUGUGUACAGUAAUAAAGGCUUUUGUUACUUGUGUCAGCUCAUAAUGGUGGUCAGAAAGAGGUAGCAUAAGUGCUUUUAUUAAUGAGUUAUUCAACACUGGAUGUUGGGUUUACUGCCAAAAGAAAAUUCACACAAAUACCUUCACUUGUUUGUUACCUGUGUAACAGAUUUCUGUUGUAUUUUACAUUUCAAUUUAUUACAUUGUAUUAAAAUACAAUUUAUUGUGCAUUGUUAACUGCAAGACAUUUGUUUCACAUACAUCAUUAAAUCAUUAUGUCCUUUUUUGUUUUAUAAUAACUUUAAAUGUACCUACAUUUUGGCUUAAAGCCUAAAAUAAUCAGAUAGCAGGACCCACUGUGAAGGCUGUGCAUCACCAUAACAUACAGGGACACUUAUUUGGACCAAGUAGUGUGUUUGAAAAACAAAGAUGUGGGUGCCAUGCAGUUCAUUGUUCACACUCUUUCAAUAAAACUCCAUUGAAUGCCA